UGUAAAUGUCAGGUCAUCUCACUGGCGUUAGGCGUUGUUUGUUUUCACAUAAUCAACAGCACGUGUGUGAAAACGGUUCAAGUUUUUUUAAUUUUUCCGAGUAAAACUGUAAAAAAACGAUGAAUUCGACUGCGGUUACCAGAAUUAGCAGUUCCAAAGCUGCAUUUGAUAAGCUGGCUCCAGCGGCUUCCAAAGGCGAAUCGAACGCAAAAGACCCUCCAAAAGCAGCCCCACUGAAACGGAAGGAACGUCCGUGGAAGUUGCGCCACGUUCGAACGUUCACCCGGGACUUCAAGGAGGUGAAGCACACUCCGCGGUACUGUUACGUGUGCCGAGCGCAGUGCCGGGAUGACGAGCAUUUCGCCAAACACCUGGAAGCCCACGGGAGCGAGUUUCGAUUCCUACGCCAGGUGGAGGACUACAUAGUGGAGGAGCCGCUGUUCCAGAUCCGUUUGGAUUAUCGGCCGGACUUUGCCAAGACGUUGGUGUAUGUGAAGAACGUUUCGCCCCAUCCGGUGGUUUUGCUGAACAUGGCCUACCUUCACUUGGCCGACGGUCAGCUGAUGACUUUGUUCGAAAGCGAGAAGCGCAUCCCGUGGGGCUCGUUCUCGACGUUUUCAUUCAGCAGCUGCCAGCUGUCGGAGCUGGAACGAAAUUUUGCCCUGAUUUUGGUUGGAAUGGCCAACCCGAAGACGGAAAUACUGGAGCAGUACAACGUGCAGGUUACGGAGCUGUGCCAUUUCCUGGGCGAGCAACUGGUUCUGAAGAAGCCGCCGAUCCAUUGCCCAGCGUUGAAUCACUAUCCGGUUCCGGCGGUGGUUCAGCAGCUGCACAAGAACGACUUUUCGCCGAAAUCGAAAUUUCCCGGAGCAAAGGAAUUGUUGGAGCAGUUGGCGGAAUUUAAACAGGAAGGCUUGAAUCCGGCAAACUACAUCCAGUACUUGAAUGUGCUGAACCAGAUUGAAGAUUACGAUCUCCAGGUGGAAUACACCAAGUACCGAAUCAAGGAGGCAAGAUUGGUGCCCGGAAUUUCGGAAAAAUUCUACCGUUUGUCGAUCGAUCAAUUCCAAGUGGCGCCCACCAUGCUGGACGAGGAAUGUAACGUCAAGGUGAUCAUUCCCAGUGAGUUCGAGCCUCGAUGUUUCAUGGGAACCAUCCAUAAGAUACAUCCGGAUUAUAUGGUCAUCCAUAUGAAUGCCCCUCCGGAACCGUCGCCGUUUUAUACGGUUGUCUUCGAAUGCAAUCGGUUGACGUUCCAGAUGGAGUACUUCGCGUUAUCGCUGCUAGCGAAGACCGACUUGGAGAAGUUGCUAUUCCCCAAGCCACCGGUUGAGAAGAAGAUUAAGUUCGAAAGAUUCGAUUGGUUCAGCAAGAACGUCGCCACAAACACCGAGCAGAUGUCCGCCGUCCGGAACAUCGUCAAUCGCACCGCCUUUCCGGCUCCGUACAUUUUGUUCGGACCUCCCGGCACCGGCAAAACCUCGACGCUAGUGGAAGCGGUUAUACAAAUUUGGAAGCUUCAACCGAAAGCCAACGUUUUGGUGGCGGCAUCGUCGAACUUUGCGUGCGAUGAGUUCACCAAGCGACUGCUGGAGUUUAUACCCGCUACGGAUGUCUUCCGGUUUCUGUCCAAGGCGUGCGAGAAAAAUAUGCUGAACAUGAACGAGGCAGUCGUUGACAUUUCCAACUUGGCGUCUGGCACGUAUGCCACACCUUCGUGGCACGAUAUCUACAACAGUCGAGUUGUAGUGGCCACGGUUACCAUGUGCGGUCGACUAGCCCAAGCUAAGAUCGAUCCGAAUCACUUCAGCUACAUCUUUAUCGACGAGGCGGGAAGCACCAAGGAGAUAUCCGCUUUAGUUCCAAUCGCUGGAAUUGGAACCAACGGAAAGGAAAUCACGGCUAGCGUGGUGCUCUCUGGAGAUCCGAAACAGCUGGGACCUAUGAUAAGGCACGAAUUCCUCCGGCACACGGUCCAGGAAGUAUCUAUGUUGGAACGGCUCAUGAACCACGACAUAUACUUGAAGAAUCCGGCUACCGGUCAAUACAAUUACCUAGUUAUCACGAAGUUGUUGAACAACUUCCGUUCGAAUAAGCACAUGUUGCAAUUUUCCAACUACGCUUUCUACGAUGGCGAUUUGCUGCCAUGUGGACCUGCCUUCGCUACCGACUGGGCCAUCGGAUGGUCGGAGUUGCCACGGAAAAGCUUUCCGUUAUUCUUCCACGCGGUUCGUGGUCAAACGGAGAAAGAUGCCCAUUCAAGCAGUUUGUACAACCGCCAGGAGGCGGAUCAAAUUAUAGCCUACAUCAAAAUCAUUCUCUCGACGGAGAUCAACGGCCGGACCGUUGGGGAGAACGACAUUGGGGUCAUUUCGCCGUAUACCAAGCAGGUCCAUCACAUCAAAAGUCUGGUCAAGGACAACAACUGGGACCAAGUGGAAGUCGGAUCGACGGAGCAGUACCAAGGCCGUGAGAAGCCCAUUAUACUCAUUUCAACGGUAAGAUCCGGAACGUCCACCGUUGGUUUCCUGAACAACGAGAAGCGGUUGAAUGUGGCCAUUACUCGAGCGCGGGCGCUGAUGAUCAUCGUUGGCAAUCCGGAUACGUUGCAACGGGAUAUUUAUUGGUACUCGAUGCUGAAAUAUUGCGUCGAUAACGGAGCGUUCAAGGGGUGUUCGUUCAAGCUGGUACCGCCGUUUAAGCAGGAAGCUACUGGCAAUGAAAACAAAGAUUGGUAGAAUUAUGUAACUAGAGUAAGUACUUUACAAUUCAUACCUUACCAUACAUUUUGCUAUUUCUUACCUCUUCAGGUAUUCCACUGACUCGUUUUUUUUAUUAAUAAUAUAUUAUUGAUCUAGACGAAUUUAUUAUUAUACGCGCAAUAUUUCAGUUGUAACUUUUGAUUACAUAUUAACAAUCUAUUUUCAUCAAGCAUUGUUUUUCCUAUUUUCUCCAUUGAAAUGGAAUUGUUGAUAAAUAGUAUCAUACUUUUAU